AGCGCGGGGCGAGCACAGCUCUCCGGAGUUUCACCGCGGACGCUCGGACGGGACCGUGCCACAGACUUUCCAAACGGACUCUCUAUCAAACGCAUUACAUAUCAGCUCCACUCGAGUAUAUGUGAGACAUAUUUUAUAUCCCUCGGGAAGAAACGCGAAUUGUGGAUAAAUAAACGCAGGACUGACGGAACGCGCUCGGUGCGUUUACCUCCAACGCGCCGCUGAUGCGCUUUAGCUGAGCCUGCACAGACAGAAGAAAACGACGAGGAGGAGACACAAGACAGCACCCCAUCACACACCCUGCGUUUGUUCAGAGAACCUUGACAGGACAUUCUAAGAAAGCUGAGAAAACCUUGUCAACAUUGGGACAAACUACAUCUUAUUAACUUCUUUAUAUGCUUGAAGGGGUGAAUGUAGGCAGCAAUAUGAAGCUCUUCCUCCCUCUACUGCUGCACCUCCUGUUCUAUCAACACUUGUGUUCUUCAGUAUUGGCCGUCACCUGUCCGAAGGAUUGCACCUGCCAAGUCCAAGACUCCAUAUUCUGCUUUAGCCGGAAAAACACUAAAAUGCCCAGCGAAGUACCGGCGACGACUAAGAAUCUCUAUGUGUUCAAGAACGGCAUUGAGUCCCUUUCCCAAGAGGACUUCCUUGAUUUGGAAAGCCUGGAGAUGCUGGAUCUAAGCCAGAACAAGUUGACCGAACUGCCAGAUCGUGUGUUUGAACCCCUGUCCUCUCUCCACAAUCUGGACCUGUCGGCGAACCAGAUCGUCCACAUAUCCAAGGACAGCUUUGCUGGACUCGAACAUCUGGAGAGGCUGUAUCUCUACAGCAACCUCAUAGAGAGCAUCCAUCCUGCUGCUUUUGAUGGCCUACAGCAGCUGUUGGAGCUCAAGCUACAAGGGAAUAAACUGACAAUAAUGCCUGUCCUGAAAAUGCCCCAUCUGCUUCUGCUCGACUUGCGAUUCAACAGCAUCCCAUCACCAGGGCCGAAUGACCUCCAGACACCCAAGUUGGAGUCACUGAAACUGGGUGGGCUGGGACUUACCAGCCUAAACGAGGAGCUCCUGGGAAGCUUCAAGAAUCUCCAUGAGCUCGACAUCUCCAAUAACCAGCUAACAACCUUUCCAGGGGUAUUGCGGGAUGCAAGGGGCUUGGUCACUUUGAGCUUGGCUGGAAAUCCCAUGGGACCGGUGAAAUGGGAGGACUUUGAGAAACUCUCCGAGCUUCAGGAGCUGGAUAUCAGCAAUCUAAGCUUGCAAGGGUUGCCGGAGACCUUGACCCAGCUCUUUCCUCACCUAGAAAGACUGACCGUUGCAGAGAACCCUUUCAACUGUCUUUGCAAUUUGGCUUGGUUUCCUAGUUGGCUGCGAACCAAGCAAAUUCAGUUGGGUAGGACGGAAGAGACACGCUGCCACUUUCCUCCCUUUAAUUCCGGGAAGGUGCUGGAGCGACUCUCACACAGAGAAUUCGGAUGUCCGAUUACCACAACUGUUACGACUCGGACUGUAAAGACCACUGCGGCACCGCCAGCUCCGGUCACCAGUUUGCCAAGUACCACUCGUGCAGUCCUCCCUGCCAAACCAAGUGAUAACCCCUCUACGGAAACCGACAAUGAGCCUCCACCUCCGACCCCAAGUACUAGUAUCGAUCCAGACCUAGAAUCACCCUUCUGCCCGCCCAAUAUUUGCCUAAAUGGAGGAACAUGUUGGCUGGACAACAAAGGACGUUUAGAGUGCAUUUGUCUACCUGGAACUUCAGGGAGAUACUGCGAGAAAGAGGAAGACCUACCACCUCAUGAGGACCCUACAGAGGACUCUACAGUCCUAGAACCUGAAAUAACAGCAACACUAGUAACAAGCUCCUCAAUACUCCUAGACCUUCACCGGUACAUCGAUAUGCGCCCCUACAUCCGUGCCGUCAAGAUAACUUACAAGAACCUCUCUGGACCAGAUAAACGUGCCAAGCACCUCAACGUGCCAGCAACUUACCCGGAAUACACCUUGCGUGGACUACAGCAAAACUCUACGUAUUCUGUAUGCGCCAGUCCCAUGGGUGAAUCUGGGGAUAUGGAGACAGUAUGCAUAGAGACCCAGACGAUCAGCCAGCAGCCAAGUCCCACUGGAGCACGACUAGAGGACCCGAAGCUUACUACAAUGCUCAUCCCCGCAGUCGCCAUCCUUCUUCUGCUAGUCCUGGUGGCCGUGGCUGUUGGGGUAGCUUGCUACAUGCACAAAAAGAAAUCAAAGGGACACCUGGACUUAGAAUGUGAUCCAUCGCAGCUGGAGCUGGAGGGUCUGGACAAUGGGGCACUACCCCAAAAGCAAGAGAUUAUCUCCUGUCCGUCAACAACACAAAACGGUGGCUUGGACUACGAGGAGCCUCUCAUGCAGGAUCACUGUACUGCGAACAACAACAUGAACAGUUUGAAACCUUCGUAUUUCUGAUAAUUGCAAAAGGCUUGUGACUUACUCGCAUGCUAAAGCAUGAACGAUACAGCCUUACAAGGCACCACCAUGGACAGUGAGACCAGCCACCAGGUUCUUUGUGAAAAGAGGGUGGCACUUGGUGCAAUCCUGUAAGGGCAUUUUUGUCAAAAUGACAUCUGCCUAAGUGCCUUUUAUCGUGUGAAAAAUCUGACUCUACAGAUUUUGGUGCAUUUUAAAAAGGCUGCCAAAUUGUAAAAAGGACAUACGGCUGACUGAAAAAAUGUAGGUGAAAUUUAGAUGUGUAGCACCUGUGUGCAACUCCUUAGGAGCUGCACUAACUGUGAACCGUAAGCCCUACGUGUGAGUGGGUAAUUGAAGAUAUGGACUUAAGUGACAGUGCUGACUUUGUCCAUGCUUUGUCUAAUUGUUUCUUUGUUUUAUAUUUGUACCUUUUUUGUAAAUGUUUUUGUACAAAUAUGUGACUGUUACCAGGCGGCUGCUCUUCCCCCAUAUCUCGUGACUCACAGACAAAUCACCAGAUUAAAAACUUUGAAGAUUAAAAUUUACUUGCACCAGCGAGUGAAUCAAAGGCUUUAGUUUGGAAAUGUCAGACAGUCUAAGCAGUUGAAAGUCUAUCCAGACUUGAAACUAAAUCCCUCCUCUAUUUUUUAGCCCCUAUCCCCCUUUGCCCUCAGAAAAAGAGGCUAAACUAAGGUUGAACAGGAAGAUGGCUGAUUCAAAACCAGAUUAAUAUACAUAACACAAAUCAGGCUCAGAAUAUAUCAUUGGAAGCUACUGGUGGGAUCUUUUAAAUUAUUUAUUUAUAUACCAAAAAAGGGGGUUGUUUCCUAGACCUGUCUGCUAAAUUAGCCUUUGCACUAUUUAUGUUACCUGGCAGAAAUUUCUAGUCACUUGCAGUCAACACCAUUUUGCCUUAAGUUCAAAAACACAAAUGCAUAUAGCUUAAUGUAUUGGAGGUCUAAAAACACACCUCAACUCUGAGCUAUCCAGAGUUUACCAUUUAUGUGCAAGAUAUAAAGAAAGAGCAUGAAAGAAUCUAAAAAUGAUCCAGACGAAGUUUACCAAUCUUAAAGUUUACCACAACAUGCCAAACUGAGAAGAGACAGUGGGAAGCUGUGCUGAUUUACCUCUGUGAGGAAACGUGUUACUAUUUUAGCACUUGUUCUACACACCUGUCAAAUGAUGUUUCCAAAAAAUAAAAUGAAAACGUAAAAUGAAAUUGUGUUUAGUGUAUAUGAAACCUUCUGCUUAAAAGAAGGAGGAUUUGUAAUUGAACAUAUUUUGUUGUUGUUGGAAUAUCCAAACUGGAAACAAAAAAAAAAAAAAAAAAAAAAAAAAAAAAAAAAAAAAACAGCAGUAUGAAGUAUUGAAAAUAUUUGUGAAUAUUUUUGAUCAGAUCUGCCUCUAAUUUUCCCUGUUUCAUUUGGGAAGCUUUUUUUUUUAUACUUUUUUUCUUUUGUCUAUAAGGAGAUGUGUGUAUAUGUAUGAUAUGUAUUUUCAAAAAGCUGUAAACAAAAUAAAAAAUGAAU